UUCUCCACAUAUAAAUAUUUCAGACGACCAUCCCACUCAACCCAACGACACACACACAGAAAAAGCCAACAAAACACACAAAUGGCCGACGACGUUCUAAGCGGCCGCUUCUCUGAUUUGCAUCUAAGCUCCCAAGCCAACCGAGUCGGAGGCAUGGUGGGGACUCACCUACCCACCGAAGAUCUCGGCAGCAGUUCUGGCCACCCACCCGCUCGUCCACGACGACCGAAUGCAGUGGCCAUGAAUGUUCUCAAUGAUGAUAUACCGCGAGUGAUUGAUGAGACUGCUGAACAAGUUCGAGUGGACUUUGAGCGGUUUUUGGCUAGCUACACAGAAUCCGGUGAAUACCCCUACAUUAACCAAAUCAAAUACCUCCGCAAAAACGAUAUUACAACCGUCUAUGUUGAUUUCGCGCACGUAUCCCAAACGGAUGAGAUGCUUGCGCGAACGAUCCUCAGUCAAUUCUACCGUAUGGAACCAUACCUCCGCAAAGCCGUCCAAAACAUGGUACGAGAACACGACCCAGAGUACCUCAACAUCAAAGUCGGCAACCACGUUGUAGACAAUAACCUUGUCCGCGAGUUUUGGAUUGGGUGGUAUGGAUUGGCUAAUGUGCGUAAACUACGGGAAUUGAAAAUGAAUUUAUUGGGGCAGUUGACCUCGUUAUCUGGGACUGUCACGCGAACGUCUGAAGUCCGUCCUGAAUUAUUGUAUGGGACGUUUCGCUGUGAGGAUUGUUUUUCGAUUAUCAAGGAUGUGGAACAAGAGUUCAAGUACACGGAACCGACCACGUGUUAUAAUCCUACUUGUGGAAAUACGUCCAAUUUCCAUCUCUUGGUGGAUCAAUCCAAAUUUGCCGAUUGGCAAAAGAUUCGGUUACAAGAGAAUGCGAAUGAAGUGCCUAGUGGAGCUAUGCCGCGAAGCAUUGAUGUGAUUCUCCGUAAUGAAGCUGUCGAGCGCGCCAAAGCGGGAGACAAGGUUAUCGUCACGGGAACCCCCAUUGUCGUCCCAGAUGUGACACAGCUCAUUGGAAAUCGGAUGGAAGCCCAACGAAGUGAUUCGGGUGGACGAUCCAAGGACGGGUUUGCGCAGGAUGGUGUCACGGGUCUCAAAGCCCUAGGUGUUCGAGACCUGACGUACAAAAUGACCUUUUUAGGUUGUUUUGUCCGUCCGGCUGAAGCCAAAAGCUCUCUAUCGGCCCUUCACGACCUGUUUGAAUCCGAGGACGCUGAAUCCGCCGUCCUGGCCCAAUUUACACCUGAAGAAUUGGAAGAGCUCCAACGGAUGCAAUCUGAUCGUCUCGUGUACCAGAAAUUGGUCAACAGUGUUGCACCCCAUAUUUUUGGACAUGAGGAUAUCAAAAAGGGGAUUCUCCUCCAGCUUUUGGGGGGUGUUCAUAAAGUUACGCCAGAGGGGAUUCAUUUGAGGGGGGAUAUUAACGUGUGUAUUGUUGGGGAUCCGAGUACGGCUAAAUCUCAGUUUCUAAAGUACGUUGCUAAUAUGAUGCCUCGUGCCAUUUACACAUCCGGCAAAGCCUCGAGUGCGGCUGGGUUGACGGCCAGUGUGGUCAAGGAUGAGGAAACGGGGGAAUUUACCAUCGAGGCUGGAGCGCUCAUGUUGGCCGAUAACGGCAUUUGCUGCAUUGACGAAUUUGAUAAGAUGGAUGUCCAUGAUCAGGUUGCUAUUCAUGAAGCUAUGGAGCAACAGACGAUUAGUAUUGCCAAAGCUGGGAUUCAGGCGACAUUGAAUGCCCGUACAUCGAUUUUAGCAGCCGCGAACCCCAUCUACGGUCGUUACGACAAGAAACUAACCCUAAAACAAAACAUCAACAUGUCACCUCCGAUCAUGUCCCGCUUUGAUAUUUUUUUCGUGAUUCUGGACGAAUGCAACGAACUGGUUGACUGGAACAUUGCGCGACACAUUAUCAAUUUCCAUCGACACCAACAACUUGAUAUUGUUUCCGAGUACUCUGUUGAUCAACUUUUGCGGUACCUGAAAUUUGCUCGGGCGCUUCGACCCGUCAUGACCUCGGAGGCACGCACAUUUUUGGUGAACCAGUAUAGAAAUUUGAGACAGGCGGAUGCGACGGGGAUUUCCAAGAGUAGUUAUCGGAUUACGGUUCGGCAGUUGGAGAGUAUGAUUCGGUUAUCGGAGGCGUUGGCGAAAUUGAAUGCGUGUCGUGAGAUUACGGUCGAGCAUGUCAAGGAAGCCUCCCAUAUUCUCCAAACCUCAAUCGUUCACGUUGAACAAGACGCCAUUGACAUUGAACCCGAACCCACCGACUCUACAGUAGACCCCCAAACCCCAACCCCAAUCCCAACAGAAUCGACAACAAAUCCAACCACGCUCCAACUCUCUGCAGAAGAAUACGCCCGUAUCGUCCAAUCCAUCCUCUUACACAUCCAUCAAGCCCAAACCUCUGGAACACCUGGACUCAAACGCUCGGAAUUGGUGGAAUGGUACCUAGAAUCCCAAGAAGAUUUAAUCGAAACUGAACAGGAAUUGUUUUUGCAGCGGAAAAUUGUUAAAAGUGUUUUACGUCGGAUGGUUCAGCGUGAGGGGUUGUUGUUAGAGUUGCGGGAUCAGACUCGGUUGGAUGGUGAUGAUGAUGAACAAGUCGGGGAUCAUGAUCCGGUUUUGGUUGUUUCUCCCAAUUAUGAUUUUGAUGAAUAAAUUUGGAAAUAUAAAUGUAUAUAUAUAUAAAUGAAA